CCAGAGAGAACCAGUCCAGUCUAGGCAGCUGGGGACUGAUUACGACAACCUUGUCCGUCCAUUCGAUCGAUCGAAGUAAGACUUUCAAAGGCUGUGACUGGCUGUGUGGACCAGACUUCAUCUGCCAGCAGGCUGCCUGGUGCCUGCGGUUCCACUGCUGUCGUUCCUACUUAAUUGGCUUCUAGGGUUUACAGAGGAUAUUCAGUUAACGGUUGAGAAACCACCUUGGAAAUGGACUCGGUGGUCUUUGAGGAUGUGGCUCUGGACUUUACUCGAGAAGAGUGGGCUUUGCUGGAUAUUUCUCAGAGGAAACUUUACAGAGAUGUGAUGGCGGAAACCUUCAGGAAUCUGGACUCAGUCUCUCAACAAGAAAAUAAUGCACAAAAGUCUUCCAGUGAGCGUAUCAAAUUGGAAUUCAUGAAGAACGAACCGUGGCUGUUCAAAUUAGAAGAACUGUGCGAAUUCUAUGGCAGCGAGAAUCACCACGACAGCCAGGGAAGGCCUUUGAGAAAAUACACGUUUGAAGGCCUCUCUGGAACUGAAGAGCAGCACAGAAAGAAGUACAGCGCAGGUGAUCUGAGUGCAGCAUUGUUCUCCCAGAUUGAAAAUUGUACUGUGGCCACAGGAGCUCCAGGUGGAGUGAUUCCUCUUGACUUUCAGGAGGGCAGUGACAGUGCAUUCAUUCAUCACACCAGAUCACACGCUGGCUUUCAGGAGGGCGGGAAUAGUACAUUCAUUCAUCACACCAGAUCACACGCUGGGCACAAAGCUUGCCUGGAUUGUGUGGGCACUUGCAUUUGUCCCUCUUAUCUAACAUCGCAUUCAAAAUUACUUAAUGGAGGGAAAUGUUGUAAUCAUAAAGAUUGUGGGAUACCCUGUAGGUUUUCAUCACCCUACUCAAAACAUGUGAGAAGCCACAGUAUAGGAAGGCUUUAUGAAUGUAUGCAAUGCGAAAAAGCCUUUAAUUGUUCGUCAACACUCAGCAAACACAGAAAGAUUCACAGUAGAGAGAGGCCUUAUGUAUGUAAUGAAUGUGGGAAAACCUUUAGUCUCUUGUCAGCAUUAUGGCAGCAUGAGCUAAAACACAAUGAAGAGAAGCCUUAUGUAUGUAAGGAAUGUGCGAAAUGCUUUAAAUAUCCUUCAAAACUGGCCCAACAUAAUAUAAAACACAGUGGAGAGAGGCCUUAUGAGUGUAAAGAAUGUGGGAAUGCCUUUAAGUACAGUUCAACCCUGACUCAACACAUCAAAAUACACAGGAGAGAGAGGCCUUAUGAAUGUAAAGAAUGUGGGAUGGCCUUUAGUCUCUUGUCAGCAUUAUCACAACAUGAGAUAAAACACCGGGGAGAGAUGCCUUAUGAAUGUAAGGACUGUGGGAAAGGCUUUAAAUAUCCUUCAAAACUGACUCAACAUAUUAGAAAACACAGUGGGGAGAGGCCUUAUGAGUGUAAAGAGUGUGGGAAAGCCUUUAGCUGGCCUUCAGUAUUGUCACUACAUGAGCGAAAACACAGUGGAGAGAGGUCUUAUGAAUGCAAAGAAUGUGGGAAAGUCUUUAAAUAUACGUCCACCCUGGCCCAACACAUCAAAACACACAGUGGAGAGAGGCCUUAUGAGUGUAAAGAGUGUGGGAGAUCCUUUAGUUGCCCUUCAGCCCUGUCGCAACAUGAGAUAAAACACAGUGGGGAAAGGCCUUAUGAAUGUAAGGACUGUGGGAAAGGCUUUAAAUAUUCUUCAAAACUGGCUCAACAUACCAUAAAACACAGUAGGGAGAGGCCUUAUGAAUGUAAAGAAUGUGGGAAAGGCUUUAAAUAUACGUCCACCCUGGCUCAACAUAUCAAAACACACAGUGGAGAGAAGCUCUAUGAAUGUAAAGAGUGUGGGAAAGCCUUUAAGUACACUGCGACACUGGCUCAGCACAUCAAAACACACAGUGUAGAGAGGCCUUAUGUAUGUAAAGAGUGUGGGAAAGCCUUUAGUUGGCCUUCAGCCCUGUCCCAACAUAAGCGAAAACACAGUGGGGAGAAGCCUUAUGAAUGUAAAGAGUGUGGGAAAGCCUUUAGUGGGUUGUCGGCACUAUCACAACAUGAGCGAAAACACAGUGGAGAGAGGCCUUACGAAUGUAAAGAAUGCGGCAAAGCUUUUAAAUACACGUCAACCCUGGCCCAACACAUCAAAACACACAGUGGAGAGAGGCCUUAUGAGUGUAAAGAGUGUGGGAAAACUUUUAGCUGGCCUUCGGCACUCUUGCAACAUAAGAAAAAACACACAGGGGAAGAGGCUUUAGGAAUGUGCGAUGUGGAAAGAGCCUUGAAUGAUCUUUCGACCCUGAUGGAACAGAAAAAUUCACCAUGGAGUGAGGCCUCAUGAAUGGAAGAAAUGGGAGAAAGCCCUCAGUCCUCAAAUCUCAAAACACCUAGAACGCACAUGGCAGAGAAGCUUUUAAAUGUAAGGAAGGUGGGAACUACUGUUGGAUUGUAUCCCUGACUUGACACAAAGUAGUUCACAGUACAGAGAGGUCUUGUGUGCAAAAGGAUGCGAGGAACCCUUUGCUCCUUCAAAGACACAUGAUGUGUUCUAUAGAGACAAAAAGGCAAGGAGUAUGAUAAUGCCUUUAUUGCUUCCUCAUUUCUCACUAGACAGAGUCUCAGUGGAAGUGCAGGGGGAGGCUUUGUAUCUGUGUGGAAUAGGAAACUUUGCUCUCCCUAACCUUUUAGAAACUGUAUGACUGAUAUAUAAUUACUACUUAAUAUAAAGCUCUUUCUUAUACAUAAAAAAGAAACUAUAUGAAACAAUUAGGAAAAAAAAACAAAAAACCAAGCAUACACUGAUGUUAGAAACCCUUCAGGCAUCCUGUAUCUUUUUGAAAACUUGAAAGUACAUACAAUAGAAAUCAAGUAGAAGUAGCAUUAAGGGCAAGUAUUUGCUCUCACCCGGUAUUAUCCAAGGUGGUGAGGAUUCAUUCAUAUGAUAAGUCUUCAUGAAUUACUACCUCUUUUUAAUAAAUGACCAGUGGCAUUUGAAAUCUUGUGUAAGCAACCUAGAAACGUCUCAGUUUGGGAAUUCUUAAAAAUGUGUCAUUGGAAAAAAAAAAAAAGUGUCAUUUGUUGCACUAGAAAUUGACCCUAUGAUUUUAAAAGAUGAGGGAACCCUCGUUUUCUGCUCAGUACCUCUCAGCGACCUCAAACACUGUGACUGAAAGCAGAGUACCUUUCAGUUGUGGCUUUGGACGGACAUCAUCAUGGCACUCCCGAUCUUGAUUUCUUAUGUUUGAUUAAAAAUAUCCCUCAAGACUA